AUGUCAGGUGUGAGCUCUCUAAGGUAUCAGAUAGGAAUCUUUCCCGGCCCCACUGGGAGAUGCUGCCCGCACUUGAACUAGGAAUCCCGCUCUGCACUGUUUGAGUGCUAAACUGAAUAUGUGUGAUCCCUAAGCAUUCCCAGUUAGAGCCCCUGUCAGUGUAGACAAUACUAAGCCAGAUGGACCAAGGAUCUAAUUUGGCACAUCCUUAAUUUGACAUCUUCAUAAAUAAACAAACUGUUGCAAAAAAGUAGGGUUGUAUACAAUGCCAUGCUACUGAAAGCCAGGGUGGGAUAAGCAUGAGCCUUGGGCACUGGUUGUAGAGAUCUUGUCUAUAGAAAAAUGCCCUAGUAUUGCCUGAGCCACCCCUGAAUAACAGGUUCUGCAGCUGUUGAUGGUAUUUAUUUGCUCAGUACACCUCCAAUUAAGAACAUAAGAAGAACCUACUGGAUCAGGCCAAUGGCCAAUCUAGUCUAACAUCCUAGCUGAACAUCUGUCUGUGAGAAGCUGGCAAGUAGGAUUAAGCACAAGAACAGCACUAUCCCUUCUUGUUGCUUUCAGAAACUGGUAGUCAGAAGCAUUGCUUCCUCCGACUAUGAAGGCAGGGGAAAGCCAUCGUGGCUAGUAGCUAUUAAUGGUCCUUUCCGUGAAGAAGAGUUUUGGAUAACUCUAAAACUUGCACACUUGGCAUGAUAGAGGUGAUUUCGGCUUCCUUCAGGGCCACCUUUUUAUUUUACAUCUAUCUAUUUAAUGACGCUUUUUUAAAACAAGGUCAAGUAAUGUCCAGAUAAACACAAGGAAAGAAGACAGGAGAGAUGCUGCUCAUUGGCUUUCUAAUGCUGUCACAGGCAGCGAGGACUCUAAACCGGGAUCUCCGAGACCGGAUAUCCGCUUCCACACUCUCUCUCUCUCUCUCUCCCCACCGCCAGGUCAGGGAAGAGACGUCCAAUAGGAAUGAGCAAAUCCGAGAAGCGCGGCUUGAUUGUCCAUGUAAAUCGAAUCACAACGCGGGCCAACGGCGAGCGAGAUCCUGCCUCACGUCACAAAGAGCAGGUCGCCAGGCGAUGACGAAAUGCGGAAGCGCAGUGGGAAGGAAGCGGCGCUCCGUCCUUCGAACCGCCCUUUAUGGUUGUGGCGCUUCGGCCCCGCCCCUUCGUCCGCGUCCGCCCGAGGGGGCGGGGCCCGCUGUCGGCAUGGUGACCGCGUCAGGGCCCCAGGCAGCCCGAGGCCCAGGCGCCGCCGCCGCCGCCCCGGGGGAAGCCGCGGGGCCGGUAAGGAGCCGCCAGGAGGAAUGAGUGGCGGUGGGGCGAAAGAGCCCACAGGCCUGCCGGUGGCGGCGCAGCCCUGGGGUCUCCCCCGCCCGGGCGGGCCUGGGAAGCCUCGAAGAUGCCCCGCCGACCCCUCUCCCGCCCCCGGUGACUCCUCUCGCCCCUGCGGAAGGGGGCCGUCGAGGACCCUCCUCCUCGCAGGGUGAACCUGAGGCCGCUUUAGUGCUGUCCUACACGCCGAGGCAGUGUGUGGAUGUGAACCGGUCAGACCCCAAAGCAACCCCGGCCAGCCUGGCGCCUCGGAGCCCAGAACCGCAGCCGGAACCACUAGAGGUCCUCGCAGGCCCAAACACCUGGAGGGCGGCGCCAGGCUGGCUAAGGCUGCCAAAGAUGGGGUCGCUGGUACCCUGCAGGUGUAGCUGGGAACAGCUCCCACCCACUCUUGGCUUACCUGCCGCCUGCUGCUAUUUGUCCAGUAACAUCUAGAGGGCUACAGAAGGUCCCCUGCCCCUCCUCUCCCCAAUAUCUGCUUCCCCAGAGCUUCUCUCUGUGGCACACCGCCCUUCCCCUUUUGCAGACAUGCAGGUCACUUGUGUAUGGGCUCCUCUCCUGGAGGCUGUCUUCCCCUAUCUGGUGCCCUACAGACUGUUUUAUGACUUCCAUAAUCCCUGACCAUUGACCAUACUGGUUGGGGCUGAUGGGAGUUGUCAUCCAAUACAUUUUGGAGGGUGGCCAGUUGGGGAAGGCUGCCUUAAUGCCUUCCUUCUCUCCCCCCCCCCCAUGCCUUUGCAAGGAGAGCAAGUUGUGCUGAAACUGGAAACGCAGAGUUGGCUACAGAAAUAAUAUUUUAAUUCUUUGGUUGUAUUCUUUUGGUUUAGUUACUAUCAUUUACUUUUGUUUAAGAUGAAUAUUGUAAACAACCCUGUGAUCCAGACAGCCUAGAAAUAUAGUAAAUAAACAAUGAAUAUUAUACUAGUACAGUAGUGCUCAAUCUAUGCUUAAUAUUGCUAAGGCCAGCACAAGUUUGUGCCACUCCCUGCCACACUUUGCUGUAGAGUCUGGCUGUCCAACCUCUCCAAGCUGCCCUCUCCCUGUCCCCUUCUUGUUCAGUGUCUCUGGAUGUCCCAGUCUUCAAGCAGGGCACCUCCUCUGUCUUUGGCUGCUAAACUGCAUCCAAGCCUCUCCAGUAACUUGUGGGAUAUGUGCUCUGCUGGUAAACUGAAUCAACUGCAAGUAAAAUGUGGAUUUAGAAAUGCUUCAGUUUUAGAAUCUGGAGAGUUACUGCCAGUCAGAGCAGGUAUUAAUAUGAAAGUGGACCUGCCAUUCUGAUUCAUUAUGAGGCAUUUUGGCUGGAAGUUUUAGAGGGAGGGAGGAUGUCCUAGGUGGCUGAAGAGGCUUGGAAGAAACCCACAAAGAUGGUGCUACCAUUUUAAAAUUUACCUAUACCCCACAUUCAGGAACAUCCCUGGGCAGCUUACAAAUAAUUAACAUUCCAGUAAAACAAAAGCAUUAAAAUACCACAAUACAAAGGAGCAUUAUAAAGAAGACAAGUUUGCUUUGGAUUAUCAGUAACUAGUAAGAAAUGUCAGAGUGGCAGGAUCUGCUGACAACCCUUCUUCCCUGUGCUCUUUUGCAAGAGUGCCUGAGAGAAUGAAGAUCAAUACAGACGAAAGCAGUGAGUCUGAGAACGAAACUGAUGAAGACGAAGAUGAGGAUGACGAAGGGGGCCUGUCAGAUGAGUCUGCCAAUGAAUGCCUUAAGAGGCUGGAUGCAGAAAACAAGGAAAAGCAGCGAACCCAGGGCCAGAAAGGCACUAAGCCACCAGGGCAGAAGAGUGACCAGCCAGGGGUCUCCCUGAUCGAUUUGGAGGAGCAACUGGCAGAAGAAUGUGAGCUGGAAGAGGCAAGGAGGAGGAAGAAGAAGAAACACAGGUGGGCCACUUCCGGGUUUCCCCCUUGGACCCCCUUGUGAAUCUCUUCGGGGCAAGCUAUGCAGUUUCCAUUCGCACUUAGGAGUGCAGACACCGCUGCUGUUGGAAUCCCAGUUCUUUACUUUGCCCCCCCCAAGUCAUUGUGUUCUGUGCCCCAAGGCCACAGGGGUCAAGGCCUGGUGGGUUGGCCCCAUGUUUCCAUAAGCAUUUCCCCUCCCAGCAGCUGCUGCUUGUCAGCUGAAAGUUUGCUCUCCCCAGCCACUGAGCCACUGUUCCAUCUCAAUUCCAGGCUGCUGUCCAUCAACCUCGCCAGCUGCAAAUAUGAGAGUGGUAAGUUAGGGUUGCUUCUUGGUGGCUUUCUCCUGUACCCUGAGAGCAUCAUCACAUGGGCCCUGGUUAUUGCUUGGUCUCCUGGAUUGGCUUUAUGCCAUUCACAGGGGAAGGAACCAACAGCAGUCAGGGUGACUCCAGGCAGCUUCUGAAUUGGUUGGGAAUGGGGACCUGUGAGGCACCUUCAUUAGGAUAGAAGUUCCCAGGGUCACUUUUGUUUUGGAGGGUUGCUUCCCCCCCCCACCCCCCACCAGAGGGGUGACUCCUUCUGCUCAGAUGGUUGCUGCACUCCCGCUGCCCCCGGCAAGAUCCAGAGGGGUUCCAGUGCCUCUUGGAUCCAUGUGGCCCUCUUUCUUUUGCUGCAGUUAGGCGUGCUGCUCGACGCUGUGGUUUGAAAGAAGUGGGGGAGGACGAAGAGUGGACCGUUUGCUGGACUGACUGCUCAGUUUCCCUGGAGCGUGUCAUGGAAAUGAAGAGGUUUCAGGUAACUGGAGCAGAGCCAAAGGGGAGGGAGCUGUGGCUGGCAGGCAGGUUGGAGUCAGGAAGGGAGGUAGCUAGUCUCUGACAUGUCACAGCACUUUUGAUCUCUUAUGCUGCCUCAGGCAGUUUUGGGACUAGAGUGGCUUGUGCUCCUCUGCUGGGGGAAGCCCCUGGUGUCAAUCAACACAUUUGUCCAUGGGCAUAGCCAGGAUGUUCGUUAGUGGGAGCAGAACUUCAGUUGGCUAUUGAUUUUUAUUGAUUGGGGGGGCAGCUGCCCAUGCAUCUGUCCGAUUAAGCCCUGGCUCUUCCAUGGCUUUGCCACUACCAGGAGGGCAUUCCCAAAGAGUCGGUGGAAGAUGAUUGGAAAAAGUUUAAAGACUAUCUACAGAAAUAUUGUAAAAUUAAUGAAUGUUAGAAAAAUGUUGAAAUGAAGUUAUAUGGCUUUAGUAGAAAUAAUAUAAGGAAUUAAGUACAGAUAGGUUAAUAGAGCAUUAAAUGAAAAAAUAAGGUUAGAAUGAGUUAAGAUAAUUAUAGGAUAGAAAACAGAGGAAGAUGGAAAGGAAUUGCUGAAAUAAUUAGCAGAAGUGGAAUACGAAAAGGGAGGUGUGAGGAGGUCGUGGAAAUAAGUGGAUGAAAGAUGGGAUAAUGAAAAUUGUUUGAUUUAUUUUAUUGUCUUUGUCUUGUUUUGUUAAUUUGAUGUGUUAUAUUGUAUUGUUUUUUUUUUCUUUUUAGUGUUUAAGUUUUUGGAAAAAUAAUAAAUAUUAUUUUUUUUAAAAAAUACCAGGAGGGCAUUCCUGUGUACACUCCACUGCCUUGCUCUGAUCCAAAUUAUCACAAGGAGAGGGUGGUGGGCAAGGUCUGGCUGCAACCCCUCCUAGACAAACACUGCUUAGCCACAAAUUAGACUACCAAUGGCAAAGCAUUGUUAGAUGGGCUCCCUUUACUUGGAACCUUUGCUUGGUGCAGAAUACAGCAGCUAGAUUGUCAACAUUUAUGUUGUGAACUGCCCUGAGAUUUUCAGAUGGAAGGUGGCAUAUAGAUUUAAUAAAUAAAUACCCUAAACAAACAGCAACACUCCUUUCCAGAGAUGCUGGUGAUUCUCUUCCCCUGUCCCUGCUCUAUUUUCAGAAAAUCAACCACUUCCCAGGCAUGGCAGAGAUCUGCCGCAAGGACCUGCUUGCCCGCAACCUCAACCGCAUGCUUAAGCUCUUUCCCAAGGAGUACAGCAUCUUCCCACGCACCUGGUGCCUGCCAGCUGAGUGAGUGAGGGGACUCUGAUCCAAGUGGUGAUGCUGGGGGAAGGGCAAGCAGUGGGCCACUGUUGGGGAGGGUCUUCUAUCAAUUAGUCAUCCUAUGCCAGUUCUGGAGUGCACACAUGCACCCUCAUUCAGAUGAAUAAUUCCUGCCACUGGCUUGAGAGAGGGCAGCCUUUGUGGAAUCUCCCAUAUGCCAGCUUCUGUGUUGUGCCUUUAUAGCUAUGGGGACUUCCAAGCGUAUGGGCGCAUGAGAAAGAACAGGACUUACAUCUGCAAGCCAGAUAGCGGCUGCCAAGGACGGGGCAUCUUCAUCACACGCAAUCCCAAGGAGAUCAAGCACGGCGAGCACAUGAUCUGCCAGCAGUACAUUGCCAAGGUGGGCCUGGCGGACACCAAGAGAGAACGGCCUCCCUUUGCCUAAAUGCACAACUCCUGCCCUCUUAGCAUAGCUGGCUGAGAAAGCUGGCCUCGCCUGGGGAUUUUUGGUGCAAGACUCCUGAGCUUACUGGCUGUCUGCCCCUGACCACCAACCACAGACCCACCCCUCUCUCUGCAGCCCUUCCUCAUUGAUGGCUUCAAGUUUGACAUGCGCAUCUAUGUCCUGGUCACCUCCUGCGACCCACUGAAGAUCUUUGUCUAUGAGGAGGGGCUGGCCCGCUUUGCCACCAUGAGGUACAUCGAGCCCAGCAGCAGCAACCUGGUAAAGAAGGGAUGUUUCCCAGGAACUGGCAUUUGCUUUGUAGAAUAAUAAGCUGUUGUGGUGCCUGAUGUGAUUUCUGGGAGCUCUCCAAGAGGGGGUGGAUGGAUGUCGUCCCUGAGGCACUUUGGAAGUGAAAGAUCAAUGGAGUCUUGCUUGAGAGAUGCUGUCAGGAAAAUGAACUGCCCUCCUUGCAUCCCAUGACAGGCAGCACUGAGGCAUGGGGGCAAGAGGGUUCUGGCGCUGCUCAGGCAGGACUGAUGAAUGCUGUUGGUCCAGGGAACCUAGGCAGGAGGGGAACGGGCCUCCAGGUGCAGACAGUAAACCCUUCCACUGUCUCUCUUGCAGGAAGACAUAUGUAUGCACCUGACCAACUACGCCAUCAACAAGCAUAACGAGAACUUCGUGCGUGAUGACAAUACAGGCAGUAAGAGGUAUUUUCCUUGCCAAGCCCCCUGCAGGAGCAGAGCUGGGCCUUCUGCUUGGGGGAAGCUGCCUUCUGCUAAAGUGAAUGCUUAGAUGGGCAGAGGCAGCUGGAAGCAAUGCAAGCUGGAAGGACAGUGCAGGGGACAAUGCAUGGGUUCAGGUUCCUCUUAGCCAGAAACUUAUCCAAGACCACUCAGGCCAUCAGUAUUAUGGAGGAGGGGUAGAGGGGACACAUUUCAUAUGGAGAAGAUCCCAUGUUCAAUUUCUGGUAGCAUCUCCAACUAAAAAACAUGGCUGAAGGUGGGAAGGGUCUUAGUGCUUGUUUGGAAAUAUGCCCUGCCACAAGGGGACUGUCCUGGUUGUCCUGCUGAGCCCCUUUCUUUGUGGAUGUGGGGAUCAGGGUUUGGGGUUUGGCCAUCCUCAGGAGCAGAGUCUGGCCUUGACAUCCCUGCAGCCCAUUUUCAUCCCCAUAGGAAGCUGUCCACACUGAACAGCUGGAUGCGGGAGCACAGCUAUGACACGGCCGAGCUGUGGCGGGACAUUGAGGACAUCAUCAUCAAGACCCUCAUUGCUGCCCACCCAGUGCUGAAGCACAAUUACCGCACCUGCUUCCCCAACCACAUAUCGGGCUGCGCUUGCUUCGAGAUCCUGGGCUUCGACAUCCUCCUGGACAGGAAGCUCAAGCCUUGGCUCUUGGAGGUACGUGGGGUGCUGUGGUCCUUCUGAAGCAGAAUUCCCAACGGGAGCCUGCACUGCUUCUCUGCAGCAAGACCCUUCCAUCUCUGCAAUUCUAUGAUUCUAAUCCCAAGAACACUCUCAGCCCCCUCUUCAACACUCUUUUGUUCUUGAUCCCAAUGAAGCCUGGGAAGAGUCUCAGCCUCUUCCUUGAUAGUUCCCUCUCCCUGAUCCAGCUAGUCUCCAUCACUCAGUGGUAGAUGGUAGAUGCAAGCAGGUCCCAGGUUCAAUCCAAGUAGGGUUGAGAGAGAGACUCCUGCCUGAAACCCUGGAGAGCUGCUGCCAGUCAGUGUAGACAGCAUUGAGUUAGAUGGAACAAGGGUCUGACUCGGUAUAAGGCAGCUUCCUUUGUUCCUAUGUCUACUCUUUUGUAUCUUGAAAGAAGCAGGAAAGAUGUCUACAAAUACCUUGGAAGUCAGAGGUGAGGUGGGGUGGGUAUCUUCAGACAAUAGUAACACAAACAGGCACAUGAGGCUGAGUUGGGAUUCUUCCAGAUCUGAAUUAAAAUUGUCAAUCCUGAUUGGCUGCAAAUGUCAAACUUCUCCCCACACCCUCCAGGGUAUGCCAGCCUGUCGUUCAUUUCCAGUCCAGCCACUUCAAAAAACUGCAAACUAUAUCUUGGAAAAAACUAAGCAUCAGAAUAGAUGUCUCUGUCCUAGAAGGAGUGGAGAUCCUGAAGUCUCAUGGGAUCAAACCAGAUCCCAGAGUGGCCACCUUGUAAGGAAGCUGCAUGUAAAACCCAGGCCUUUCCGCUCCAGGUCAACCACUCCCCCAGCUUCACCACUGACUCCCGCCUGGACCGUGAAGUGAAGGAUGCCCUGCUCUGCGAUGCCAUCAAUCUUAUCAACCUGCGUGCUUGUGACAAGAAGAAGGUGUUAGAAGAGGACAAGCGGCGGGUGAAGGAGCGCCUCCUCCAAGCCCACCAGCCGCCCCGAGAAGCCAGGUAACCCUGGGAGGGCCCCAGCCUGACUGUGGCCGUACUAAGUGCCUCCCUUGCCCUGGCCAUGCUGCCUCCUUCUCCCUCAGAAGCAGCUUUUCCUGGCUUUGCCUUCUGAGACGCCCAACACCCAGCCCCUGCAGCCUUGUCAGGUUGCACGUUAGCCUCCAACCACCACAAAGGAGCAGAGAAAAUGGAGCAAGGAGCCAAUCAGAUGGGUUUGCCUUUAUUUCUAUGGUCCUGUAAUUGGCCAUGUGGCAGUGCAGGAGUCCUGGAUCCUGGCAUGUGGCUCAUUGGUUGCCUUGGAGCUGUGCAAUACCCCAUGCAGACAAAGUGGGGGAGCAGGGGGAAGAGAGGGAGGAAAGUGGCUUGGGUACCAGUGACAGGGGAGGCCAAGGGGGACUCAGAGGACAGCAGUGCCCAUUAGUCUCUCCCUCCCUGGCAGAACCUAGGAUUUCUCUGCUGCCGGGGCCCCAGCCUGAACUUUCUCAAUCUGCAGGCGGGAGCAGUUGGAGAGCAGUCAAGCCGCCUGGUUGGCCCAGGCCGAGAAGUACGAGAGCAGCCACCUGGGUGGCUACCGAAAGAUCUUCCCAUCGCGGGGCACAGAGAAGUACAACCCCUUCUUCAAGCACAGUGGAUCCCUCUUCCAAGAGACUGUGGCCUCCAAGGCCAGGGAAGAGUGUGCCAGGUAGGGCAAGGGGAAGCCAUUCCUCACAGGGCAGGCUGAGCCAGGCCUAGUCCUUGCAUGUAUACACACAUGGACAUGCAAAAGGAUGACACACCCACAUACAGUGUCUUGUGUCUUCUGUCAGGCAACAGCUGGAGGAGAUUCGUCAGAAGCAGGAGCAGAGGGAGAGCACAGCUGCGAAGAAGAAGAGGGACGUGAAGGAGAACUUGCAGGGGGAGUCAGCAGGGGAGAAGGGGAAGGGCAAGCCAGCCCUAACUCGCAUAGCCUACAGCCACAGCAAGACCUGGAACCCAAAGGUACCUCAUGGGGGAGUGAGGAGCAGCUCUUGAGCCCCUUCCUCUUCUAACACCAGGGAGGAAGAAGGACUUUCAAGGCCAGCUGUUGCACCUUGAGAUGGAACUAUUCUACUUUAGGAGCCUGGUGAAUGUUUCUUGUUUUAAACUUGCAUGGUUUAAAUCUUCUGCCUGCCCCAGGGAGAGGUGAGAGAUCCCAUAGUCCCACCCCAGCCUCCCUGCCCCUUUCCAUAGCUAUAGCCCACAUAUAUUCAGCCAUAAAUGCAAGCAGCCUCUUUUUGCUGGAACUGAGUUUGCAGUUCUGAGGGAGCCAGUGGCUUUCCGCAUGCAAUGCAAUUGCAGAAAGUUCCUUAUUUGCCUUUGGGCAACCUGGAGCUUGAAAUAGCUUGAGUCCCGGCAAGCCUGGCGAUAAGGGUGGGCCUUGUGCUUUGUCUGGCAUGGCUGCAGAGGAGCUGGCCAGAGGGCUCUGUGGGAUACAAGCUGCAGGGCAAAAUAAGAUCUGGGGGCUAAAGCUGGAACACACCGUACCCAAUCUUGGCCUUACAGAAUUAGAUCUGGUUUUGCUUCUUAUGUGGAGGAGCAAGUGUGCUGUUUUGUUUUCUGUAAGCUGCUUGGUGAGCUGUUGAGGAUCUAAAUAUCUAAAAUGAGCCCAGCUCCUCUUCUCAAGUCUGACCCAGGCUGCCUUUUUCCUUAGAUAUCCUCCAUACCAUAUGACAGCAUGACCCCCCAGGCCAUUGUGGAGGAAGAGGAAGUGGAGAGGGUCAAAGCCCUCCUACGGAGGGAGAACCUCAUCCGAGGGCUGGGCAUCGUCGACCAGCUGACACGCCUGCUCCGCAACACGGAACCUAAGCCUGUGGAGGUCCAGAGGCCACACAUUAACAUCUCAGAAAGCCAGGUAUGCAGGUGCUGUUUCCAGACCCCAAAAUGCACACUGGGUGGAAAGUCUUGGAGGAGAUCUCUCUCCAGCAAAGGAGGAGGGUUGGAACAAACAUUGUUCCCUGGCUCUGGAGGGAGCUGGGUUCCUGCUCCUGCCUUGCAAUCAGACUGCCUUGCUCUCCGGCUUUGUUCUCUGCUUGCAAAGCAGAAAUCCUUCUGACUAGUCUCAAAGGGCCAACUGUUGUGCCUUACCAAGGCUACGAAAAUGUUUAAUGGCUGGUUUGGGGGAACAUGACCAAUGGGGAGUGGAUACCUGCCAUUCCCUUUGGAUGUGCUAUGUGGGUCUUUGUAAAGAAGCGGUCAGUGUGGGAGGGGGACACCUUAAAACCUGACAGCAGCCACAGGUGACUCCUGUAGGGUCCCCUUUCUAAGCCUCACCCUGCUGCUUUUUUCUUCCAGCCUCACUUUCUCCAGGAUAUGUUUAAUAACCGAGAGCCCCAGAAUCUGAUGACCCUCGUCCCCCUCUCCCUCCUAGGGGGCUCCGUCCAGGAGCUCGGCCAGCAGAUCAUGCAGCAACAGCCCACAGCCCGUGUCCAACUACUGGGAAACCAAGGCUUCAUCCCAACCAUUUUGGGCGCCCUGUCGGGCCUGGGCUCAUCUUCUCAUGAGUCCUACUCCACACACUUCAAGCCGCAGCUCCACAUCCAGCCCCCCAAGAACAUGAGCUGGUUGGGUGCGGCCAUGGUGGGCGAGCCGGGUUCUCUGGCCCGGAUGCUGAAGGCAGGAGGGCGCCGGUUUGGCAGCGCCAAGAACAAGCUGGAAGUCGGUGAGUAUUGCGGGUGAGAGCCUUGUGGUCCUCUGGUGCUGCCCCAGUUGCUCCACGACCACUGCCAGCAGCAGCAGGAGGGUUGAGACACCAGGAAAUGUAACCUUUCCCUGUCUGCGUGCUCAGGAACCCCAAGACUCAGGAACAGGGGCAACAUGAGGGCCACAGCCUGCAGUGGAGACAGGGCAAGCAAGUAUCUUGGCAGGUGUGUCCAGCAGUGGUGCCAAGGGGCAGCCAGACCACUGAGGAGCAGGGAGCACAGGCGGUCUUCUUCAGCACCACCACCACCUCCUCCUCCCUCCCCCAGCAUGUUGCUUGCCAUACAGGCAUGGAGCCCGGCCACCCAUGCUUCUCUCCUCCUCCUCUUUCAGGCAGCCCUGCAAGCAAGCGGCCCCUGUACAUGAGCUCCGGUUCCCUGAACUGCCUGUCGCACGGUGGCAAAGCUACCAGCCACAUGUACAGCAGCUUUCCCUUCCCCUCUGCGGCAGCUCCGCUAAACCGCACUGACCUGCAUGGACUGGCCAUCAAUUCUGCGUCUGCUCCACUCAUCCGGCGCACCAGCCCACACCGCUCCAGCAACAUGGCCACUCUGCAUCUCAACCAGCCCAGGUAGCCUCCUCAUCCUAGGCCCAUUCAGACAGCAGCAGGAUGGACCCUGCUAAGAAGGUCCUCCAGCCAAACUUCCUCAUGAUCUCCUUGUCUUUCUCCUCCCCCAGGAAAGGCACUUGA